AUGGACAAAGAGCCUCUACUCCCCUACACAUCAAGCCCACGAAGAAAGCUCCCAUCUUUAACCACCCUCUGGCCUUUGCCGGAACACGACGAAGUCCCCGUCCCCUUAACCCCGUUGGAGUUUAAAGACCGCAUCAUCUUCGGCUCCCCCGCCGCCGCCACCGCCACUUCUUCUUCGCCGCAUGACUCGUCUCCUCUGGUCGACGCCCUCACUCUCUCUCUCAAUUCUCCAAGACUCUCUUCGAGGCCCACAUCCUCGUCUUCUCUACUGGACCCCACCACCGCGCCGCAGCCGCAGGGGGACCCACAAACGCCGCUGAGCUGGCUGAUCGACCCGAACUACUCAUGGACCAAGACCAACCUCCACAGGUCCAAGACGGCUCCGGCAAUGGCGGUUUUGAACGAGGUGAACCGCCGGGCCGGGCCUAAGCCUCAGAUGAGUUCACAGUCUAUUGUGAGGCAAGCUGUGAUUCUUCUUAUUGCGUAUUUGACAUUAGGGGUGACUAUAUAUUGGUUUAACCGUGAUAAUUUCGAAGCGAGUGAGACUCACCCUGUUGUGGAUGCUCUGUAUUUUUGCAUUGUGACAAUGUGCACUAUUGGGUAUGGGGAUAUCACACCCAAGACUACGGCUACCAAGCUGUUUUCAAUAAUGUUUGUGUUGGUGGGGUUCGGGUUUAUUGAUAUAUUGCUUAGUGGGAUGGUGUCAUAUGUGCUUGAUUUGCAGGAGGGUUAUUUGCUGAGGAGUGUGAAGGGUGUGGGGGAGAAGAAGGAGUCGUAUAUUAUUGAUGUGAAGAAGGGGAGGAUGAGGAUUCGGAUGAAGGUGGGACUGGCAUUGGGGGUUGUGGUGCUUUGUAUUGGUGUUGGUGCUAUGGUGAUGCAUUAUGUGGAGAAGUUAGGAUGGUUGGAUUCGUUUUAUCUCUCGGUUAUGUCUGUAACGACUGUGGGGUAUGGUGACCGGGCUUUUCAGUCUGUGCAGGGUCGGUUGUUUGCUUCAGUUUGGUUGCUUGUGUCCACACUCACGGUUGCUAGAGCCUUUUUGUAUUUGGCUGAGGCAAGGGUGGAUAAACGGCAUAGGAGGAUGGCAAAGUGGGUUCUUGGCCAGGAUAUGACUGUUUCCGAGUUCCUUGCUGCUGACAUUGACAAUAAUGGGUUUGUGAGCAAGUCAGAAUAUGUGAUAUACAAACUCAAGGAGAUGGGAAAGGUAUCAGAGAAAGAUAUUAUGCAGAUCUCCAACAAAUUUGAUAGGUUAGACUCUGGGAACUGCGGAAAGAUAACGCUUGCCGAUCUUAUGAGUCGUCAUUGAUAUCCAAGCACCUUUUAUUCCUUUUCCUCAUGGUACAGCAAGGGAAGAAAAUACGUUAUCUCAUUGAACAUGACGUAUAAGAAGCCUGAUCUUUAUGUAGGACUCGCCGUUCAUAUACAAGUUGCAUACACAUGAAAUCAUGAAGUAUGAACUCUGCUGCCUGAUCAAUUGGUCCUCCUUUCUAU